UUCUACUGAAUACUUGUAAAAACUUUUAGUUUUAGUAGUAAUGAAAAUCUUCAAUGAUUUUAGUUGAGUGAAACCUUACCUUGUGCACAAAUAAUGUUUUUGCUUAUGAUAAACUAAUUUCCAUUCAAGAUGGAAAACCAUUUAUACUGUUUCUAUUCAAAGUCCAAAGCCCAGUCCUAUAUUUUGGGACAGUCUAACCAGCUGGGCUUUGGGCUGAGUGAGGUCUCUGCUCCCUGUACCCUGCAGGCUUUGAUAGUGGAAAAUGGCUAGAGCCUUUAUAUAUUAUGAUUUUGGUGCAUAUAUAUACCAAAAUGCUGAGUGGACUUACUCGAUAAUAAUAAUAGGACUUGGUAGUAUUUGAAUGAAUAAUUAAUAACAAGAUACAAACUCCUUCUAAUACAUCCAAUAAACUAAUAGUUAAUCCUCGUCACGGGAUACGUAUAAAGUUUGUCCUUAGUUUACUUUAGCAUAUUAUCUUGUCGCAGAUUUUAGAGGCCUAGCAGCCGAAAAUGCAAAUGCUCUACUACUGAAACUUUGAAUUUAGCCGCUCAUGAAAUGUCGUUUCUUGCUCAAAUUCAAUCCCCUUUACCUACCUUAGCAUUCUAUUCUUUUGCCCUUAGCUUUGGAUCACCUCGAGAAUUUAGUUAAAUAAUUCUCACAAUGGUAUACUAUCACAUGCCGCCGAUCAACAUUUUGAAAAAAGUAGUACAAUUGCAUCGUCUCUUCUGUCAUCACUUCUCCUUGUCUUUCUUCCACUUGUUUCUGCUUAGAUUCCUCAGUAUUUAUAAAUGUCAACUUAAGCUUUUUGGUUGGAGAGUGGAUCAAAAUUAUCAUGGGGAAUUGCUCUGUAAAAGGGGUAACUGAAGAUUGUCCUAAUGAUAUCCGGAUAUUCACAGACUCCGACCGCAUUAUAGGGCUCAAAGGUCCUAAACUAGCUAAAGAUGUCCUUGAUGGAUACCCAGGAUAUGGCAUUUUUAGGCAGGGAAAUGCCUCGUCUCCACUGUCUAGCUAUGAGUACCUUAUUGGUGGCCAAUUUUACUACCUUCUUCCACUUCAGGAGAUGCCAAUGCCUGUAGGGGUUUCAAGGAAGCAACGUACGAGGUUUCUUGAUGGGUUCGAGUCACCUAAGAUUUCAUAUGCGGCACCAUUAGUGGAUUUAGAAGGGGCUGAAGAGAAUGGACCGGCUGUCAAGGUCCUGCCGUCGCAAGGGGAUGGAGUUUGGAAAGUGAAGUUGGUGAUCAAUCCCAAGCAAUUGGAGGAAAUUUUAUCGGAGCAGGGGAAUACUGAAGCCUUGAUUGAGAAGAUGAGAAUGGCUGCAAGCUCCGCUACUCUGGAACCCAGAAGGAGCAAGAGCUCUUGGGGAUUGGCUUGGAAGCCUUGUCUCUCUAGUGUAUUCUAAGGUUUCUCCCAUUGAUGGGGCCAAAGAAAAAGCCUAAUGUUACUUUCUGUAUAAUGUUAGGAUACUAGGGGAAUUAUCUCUCCAAGUAUUGUGCAUGUAAAUAUGCGAAUUAGCUAUGGUGGUAGUUGUAAUGAUUAAUUAAAAAAGCUUCAUGCCUUUUAAGUCUAAAAAAAAAAAUGUUUUUGAAGCAUGCGUGGGUGUUAUGAGCAGUUUGAGACUUGGGAAUUCUUUUAUUAGGCUGUUGUAGAAGCCGAAUUUGAGAGCUUGAAGCCUGUGUCUCAGAGGCUAGCUGUGUGCUUGGUAAAGUUUCAGAGGGAAAAAUGCACUCACCCCAUCCAUGGAAGCCGCUAGGUAGAUCCUGCCGGCUGCCAGGUUUUCAGGUUGGAUAUGAAUUUCUGAACCAGAUUAGAACCGAGAAUAUUAAGAAUCAGGCUCAUUCUCCUUUCUCCAAAACCAUGAAUUGGAUUACACUGAAAAACCAAUGGCUCGACAACAGUUCUAUCUAAUUCAUUCGCCUCUUGGAAUCGAAAAACAAUUUCGAUAAUCAGAAGCAAGCGCCACAGAUGUUAUAGGUACUCAUGCAAUUGAGCGUUGUACACCCUUAAUUUCCAGGAUUUUUAUUUGCAGUAAUUUGUAAUAGCCAACCACCAUUGUGGCAAUAAUAACAAAUUACGAGGUGUAGCUCAAGAUACCUUGUGACAGCCGGAGAUCAACUGUGAAUCCAACUCAUUGUUUCCUUUCAUGCAUCUAUAUGGAUAUGUAUCUCUAGAAGUAGAACCAUGGUUUCUAGUUUUAUUUAUUUGUGUUUUCCUAUUACCUGCUUAACUUCGGUAUAAUAGUAAUAUGAACGGAAAACUGAGAUAGUCUCAACAUGGAAAAAGUUCUGAAAUAAGUUCAAAAAAGAAAUGGAAACAGACAAAACAAACAUUACGUUAAUUUGAGGUUGUCCUUCCAAGAACAUACCAGCAGUUGUAAAUCCUCUUGAGGCAUUACAAUUACAGGAAAGCAGCAUCAUGUAUCUGCUUAACUGUAUAUCACUUUACAACCAGCAGCAAAAUCAAAGGUCCAAAAUACGGUAUCAUCCUCAAGAGAGGUCCAAAAUAUGGUAUCAUUCUCAAGAGAGGUCCAAAGUUU